AUGUCAAUUACAAGUAGGAAUAAGAAAACUGAAACCUUGGCUUGGAUAACUGAUGAUGAAGCUGAAUUCUGGACGAGUACAUCACCUGUAGCAAAACGUGAUAAAUCUAAUCAGUUUUCAACGAUAGAAGAUAUUACUCCAGUUGUUUUACCAUCUGAUGAUCUACAUAUUAAUAAUAUUGAUGAAAUAAAUAAAGAAAUAGAAAACAAUUUGUCAUUAUCAUAUAAAGAACUAAUUGAAAAACGAGCAAGAGAAAUAUCAACACAAGCUGAAGAGAAACAAGUAUCUCAGAUAUUUCAAUCAACGGGAAGGAGUUCUGACAUAGGUAUGAGUUCGGUUGAUCAAUUAUCUACUGAAUCAGCUGGGGAUACAAAGAAUUCAAAUGAUGAUAUCUUUGAAGAAAUCAAUUACAAUGUAAAAACAGCCGUGGCCAAUGACAAUGGAGAUAGUGAUAAAUUAUUUGAUAGUAUAACUAAAUUGAAAGAUAAUAUUCCAUUUAUAAAUGAUAUUCGAUCCUUCAUUGAUGAAAUAGGUGAAGAAACGAAUGUUCUUUUAGGAUCCAUGGAUGAAGAAUCAUUAGUUAAUCGAAGAAGUCGAAAAGCGAAAUCUACAUUUUUAUCCACUAAAGACGACAAUGCACUUUAA